CAACAACAUCCUCUCAUUAAUUGAAACAAAUGUUGAAAAUUCCUGUUUUUGUCAGGCAAGACUCAUUUGACACGUUUCUGUUUACGUUGGUGGGUUGCUAGGCAACGACUGAACAUGGCAACGCUGAAAACAAUCUGCCUCGUGAAUUUAUCUUUGGAAAAUGUGCUUUCUAUGAAUCUAUGAAUCCUUUAACAGCAACCACUUUGGUGAGUCUCACGUAAAACUUUCUGCAGGUCGAUACAAUAUGGCAUCAAGCUAUGGAUCACUUGCUAAGGAGGCCGUUGUGCUGCUCGAUAAGUUCAGUGCUGGCAGACAGUGUUUAGAUGACUUCAUGGAAGAUGCUUCAAAGGAUCUGCAGAACAUGGAUACUCUGCAUCAGAAGUUCAUACUUGAUGUGGUUUCUGGAUGCAUUGAGUACAGAAAGUUACUUGAUGUAGUUAUCGAUGUCUUCUACGGCCAGAAUAGGAAGUGUCUAUCCAGAGCUGAUCGAAGCCAGUUUGUCAUUAUCUGUUACCUCACCACAUUUUCUCUUGAUGACCUCGGACUUGAGUGCUUCAGCAACAUUAUCAAAUCUCUGGAUAUCAAGAAGAUGCACACAUUCCUGACGUUCUUCUUCACAAACCUCACCACAUGGAUACAAGAGGAAUGGAAUAAAAUCUAUGAUGCUGCCUAUGUGGAGGAACACUGGAUUGGCCGGCUGCUAAGAUGGCGCUCUGAGAUGGAUAUUCUCAUGGACCAGCUUGCUGUCAAAAUAUCUCGUGGGAGUCAGGUCAAGAAAGCUCCAAUUAAAACCACAGAGCCCCAGGAGUUCUCUCUCACCAAACCUAAACCUCGACCUCUGCCCAUGCCACAGCUCAUUCCACAGCUGGAAAAAUCAAAGCCAGUGCCAAUCAGCACAUAUAUGACUCCAAAAGAGAUGAAAAUGAUUGAGGACAUCAAACAAAAGAACCACCAAAAGACUGAGGAACUGCUCUACGAGGCAAAUAUGAAGCAGUUCAGAUGUGUAAAUCCACAGAAGUCUGAACACACCAAGAGAGUGAUGUCCGAGAUUAAGAAAGACUUGGAUUCAAAACUCAAGUUCAAUUCAUUUCAAUCCUCUGGACGUCCUUCCAGUAAUAAGACAAAUAGCUGGCCCAUUAAACUCAACAAUGCAGCCAUCUUGAGGCAGGGGGCGCUCUAUGACCGUCAGGUGGAGGAGGAGCUGCAAAGAAUGGAGCGUCUGGUGGAGGGGGCACGUGAUCCCUCGUCUUUCCUCCAGUGGCAGAAGGAGAUGCGUGAGAAGGACCUUCAGGACGAGCUGGCCAAGAUUGAGCGCAGGCGUCUGGAGGGACGCAUCAGCUAUGAGGAGGCAGCUAUGGCCCGCUCACGCAUCAUGGAACGCAACCAGAAGACUGCUCAGCUGAAGAAAGAAGAGACAGCUCAUGCUGGGAAAAGGCUGCAGCGGGAAAAAGAAAGACAGGCCGCUGUCAUCAGGAAAGAGGAGAGGAAAGCCAGGCAGGGUUUUCGGCAGGAGAUGACUCAGAGUGAGACAGUUUUGGCUCUGCAGAAGAAGCUUGAAGAGAAACAACAAGAGCGCCAAAGACUGAAGCAAAUUGAAAGCAAGGCCAAACCUUGUGAACAGGCAGCAAACAAAGGGACACACAACAAAAAAAGCCUGACAGAGAAAAGCUGGGAGGAAUUGGAGCUGAGCUUAGAGCGUAACAUCCAGAAGGUCGCUCCUUAUGCUGUUUCACAGACAGAAACACUCAAAACAUAAAUAUGCGCAACAUGCUUCACAAGCCUGCGAAUGUGUCAUUUUAGACCACAAACAUGAUUCGUUGUAUUUGUUGCAAGAAAUGUGUGGGAUGAUUGGCUCAUUUUAUGUUCUUUGACACAUUUUGCAUUAAAAUUGCUAUAAAAAUG